CUUUCAGUUUGAAGAAUCCAAGAAGAAAGAAACUGACAAUUUAAUGCCAAAAAAUAAAAUAAAAAAAAACAGCUUCUAAUCUGGUUUGUCAUUAAACAUCACAAAAUUAAUCCGACAUCAGUUACUAGUACUAGUAAUUAGUACUGCAAUUAAUCAAGACUCUUCAAUUCUUGAUUAAAUGGGUAACCACCAUAGCCAUUUUUCUCACAGAAAACAUAAACACCAUCAUAAUCAACAAGGUCCCUCAUUACCAGUGAGUACUCAGAUGGGUUUGGCUUUGCCUUAUGCACAUGUUGACACUAGUUUGCGUGGUCUUGCUGGUAAAGCUGAGGGAUUUGGUGCUUCUUCUAUUGGUGGACGUGAUGGUCAUAUUUAUCAAGUUGUUAAUCUUAAUGAUGAUGGGCCAGGAUCACUUCGAGACGGAUGUCGUAAAAAAGAACCUCUAUGGAUCGUCUUUGAAGUUUCGGGGACCAUCGAGCUCCGUUCUUAUUUGAGUGUGUCGUCUUUCAAAACUAUUGAUGGGCGAGGCCAAAAAAUCAAACUCACAGGAAAAGGUUUGAGGUUGAAAGAAUGUGAACAUGUGAUCGUCUGUAAUCUAGAGUUUGAGGGAGGUAGAGGACCUGAUGUUGAUGGCAUUCAGAUUAAACCAAAGUCGAGACAUAUUUGGAUAGAUCGUUGUAGCCUUAGCGACUAUGAUGAUGGUUUAAUUGACAUCACAAGAGAGAGCACAGAUAUUACUGUUUCUAGGUGUCACUUUUCAAAGCAUGAUAAAACAAUGCUUAUCGGAGCAGAUCCGUCUAAUUGUAGUGACAGAUGUAUGAGGGUCACCAUUCACCACUGUUUUUUUGAUGGAACUAGACAGCGGCAUCCUCGUGUUAGGUUUGCCAAAGUACAUUUGUACAAUAACUACACCAGGAACUGGGGAAUUUAUGCGGUUUGCGCUAGUGUAGAAUCACAGAUAUAUUCGCAAUGCAACAUAUAUGAAGCUGGACAAAAAAAGGUGGCCUUCAAAUAUCUCACGGAGAAGGCAGCUGACAAGGAAGAAGCAUGUACUGGUAGCAUUAAAUCUGAAGAUGACUUGUUUGUUUGUGGAACUCAGGCUGGUUUAUUGUCUACUUGCAACGAAAAUAACAUCUUCAAUCCAUCCGAAUUCUACCAAAACUGGACUGUUGAACGUCCGAGUGAUCAUCUCAAACACUACCUUCAACAUUGUACAGGAUGGCAGUGUAUCCCGCGGCCAAAUUGAUCAGUCCUGUCUCCAGCUGUUUAGAAUUAUGUGAAUGAACAGAGAUGAUUACGUAAAUUUGUGUGCAUAUACUUCUACAAGGUUGUUUAUCGUUCAAUUUGUUGUUGCUAUCUCCUGUCUUGCUUUAUAGUCUAUGUCUAUGUAUUGGUUUAACAUAAAUAAACUACAAUUGGCAUUGUAAACCCAGAAAUUCCAAACGUUUCUCAGGCUUGCAGUCUCUUUUGGUAUGAAUUAUUGCAUAUGAACAAAUUAAUUUAC